AUGUCCAUUUUCAUAUCCACUCAACUUGUUCAAUUCCACUACUCUAGAAGGUUGCUGCUGUCACAACCAAACCCUGAAAACCACCACAAUUCUUCAGACACUUACACCACUGCUGCUAACAACAGCGUCGAUGGAAACAUUGUUAUCGUGGUUCUGUCGGUCCUCUUCUGUGCCUUUAUCUGCUCACUUGGACUCAGUUCCAUGAUUAGGUGCGCGUUGAGGUGCUGGAGUUUACGUGCCUCGGAACCCGGAGGCAGUAAUACCUCAGCUAGGUUAGCAAACAAAGGGGUCAAGCGAAAAGCAUUGAAGACAUUUCCGACCGUAAACUAUUCGACCGAGUUGAAGCUGCCGGGGUUGGACUCCGAGUGUGUCAUUUGUCUUUCGGAUUUCACUCCUGGUGAGCGCUUGCGGCUUCUGCCCAAGUGCAACCAUGGUUUCCAUGUUCGAUGCAUCGAUAAGUGGCUGAGCUCCCAUUCAUCUUGUCCUAAAUGCAGGCAGUGCCUCAUCGAGACAUGCGAAAAGAUUGUUGGGUGUAGCCAAGCAAGUGCGAGCUCGUCGGAUCCAACUCCGCAGCGAGAAACUAUUGUGACCAUACAACCGUUAAAUCGUCAAGGUUUCAUACAUAGCUAUAGGUAAAUUAGCUUAGUCU